CAAUUUUAUUUCAUUUAUUUGUUUAUUAUAAGACUAAAGUUUUUUAAAUAUAAAUAUAUAUUAUUAACAUGUCGACGGAAGACGCAACAAAUGAUUCGAUCAAUGAUGGAACGGGUACCGAUAGCACAGUGGAGGUUGAUAAUCCAGCAUCUUUUAUGCCACAAAAUAUCGGACAUUUGCUAAAGGAACCAACAGAAAUUGAUUGCCCAGCAUGUCAUCAAUCCAAUUUGACAAAGGUGGAACAAGAUGCUGUAACGAUUUUACAAAAAAUUGUUGCAGUCAUUAACUUUUGUUGUUGUUGUAAUCCUAUAAGAUGGGAAGGACGCUAUGAUGUGAACCAUUAUUGCAGCAAAUGUGGUUGUUAUAUCGGGCGUUUUAUAAGUCUUAGCUGGUACAAACGCAAACUCUUCAAAAUCCAACGAUCUGAUGUCGAAGAAGCAGGUCGAUGGCAAAAAUUUAAUAAGAUACAAAAAGAACAGUUAGAUAAAAAUAAACGAAAACAUUUGAAAGUCAAGGAAAAUGCAUAGUUUGUUUAUUCAAAUUUUUUUAAUUUUAAUAAAAAAAGUUAAU